AGGGUAUAUUGGUAAAUUCGUAAUCUUUCGUGGAUGUUACGAGCUCCUUAAACCCUUGACAUUUGAUUGGAAUCCCGAAACCCUAAUUCAUAAAAUUCCCAUUUCGAAUUUGAGAAGAAAAAAAAAAAAAAAAGAAACUCAGUGAAAAUGGAGGAGCUGCAGAAAGCAUAUCAGAGUGCAUUGUCACAGGCGCAGGAAUCGACGGCGAAAAUCAGCUCAUUCGUUUCUUCAUUAGAAAAAGCAAAGUCAAUCGAUUCUUCUUCUGCAACAUCUUCACUUGGCUCGUCUUCUUCUGCUUUGUCUACCGAUCAAUCUCAAUUGUUACUCACCCGAUCCUCAAGAAAAUUUGUAUCUCUGUGGACCUGCUCGAAGCUUUGUGGAAUUUGCUUUGUUGCUGGUAUCUUUGUCGGUUACACGCUGAAGAGACGCGUUCGUCGAUGGGUUUCAAAACUUCUUCGGAGGUUGAAGGAUGAUUGACUUGUUUGACUCUCGAUGCAUAUGCAUAUGAAUAUUAGUGGAGGUACAUCAAACACUAUAGAGAUCUUCUUCUUUGAUGAUUAAGAAUUUACGGAAAUUUUCAAUUGAUUGACGUUUUGAAUGCUGUCAUUUAAGUUGUUCUAGUUGGAAUUAUAUAGCUUCACUUUUUUCUAUAUUUACAAUUUGGCAUCGUAUAGAAGUUUAUUAUGUUCCCAUACUCUAUUAUCCACUGCCUCUUCCCCGUCUU